AUGCAUGCCUUUGAGUAUGAUGACAGAACUGAAUUCCUGGGAGAAUGGGGAUGUUUUCAAAAAACUGUAUUUUUUCUCUUGUGCUUGAGUGUUAUUCCCAAUGGGUUUACUGGUUUAUCCAUCGUUUUCAUCGGCUACACACCAGCCCAUCAAUGCCUCAUACCAGCAAGUGUCAAUAUCUCCGCUCAGUGGAGGAACGUUAGUAUCCCUCUGGAAGAAGGCAGUGGGAUGACGCGCCUCAGUCAGUGCAACAGAUACAAGCUAGACGUGAUACAAAGUUACUCAGGCCAGGGCUAUGUCCCAUGGGAGGACGUUAACGUCACUGAAAUAGAUCAAGAAAGCUGUGUGGAUGGAUGGGUCUACGACCGUGGGACACACACAUCUACUAUUGUCACUGAGUGGGAUCUGGUAUGCUCAGAUGACUGGAAAAGACCUCUGACUUCUUCGUUGUUCUUCUGUGGCGUGCUCAGUGGAUCAUUUUUGUCAGGACAAUUGUCUGACAGGUUUGGAAGGAAGAUGACGCUUUUUGUCACCAUGGGAGUCCAGACCGUGUUCACCCUUGUCCAGGUCUUCUCCUCAUCUUGGAUCAUAUUCUGUUCUUUGUACUUUAUCAUUGGGAUGGGACAAAUCUCAAACUAUGUUGCUGCAUUUGUUUUAGGAAUGGAGAUUCUGGGCCCAAGAGUACGAAUUGUCUUCUCCACCGUUGGCGUGUGCAUUUUCUUCUCUAUUGGCUACAUGUCGCUCCCAAUAGUGGCUUAUUUCAUAAGAGACUGGCGGAUGUUGCAGCUGGCACUCACCAUGCCUUGCUUCCUAUACGUUCCCCUGUGGUGGUUCAUCCCAGAGUCUCCGCGAUGGCUGCUCUCUCAGGGAAGAGUGGAGGAGGCUGAGGCCAUACUGAGAGAUGCCGCCAGGAAAAAUGGCAUUAAGGUCCCGGGGAAGAUUUUUCAGCCAAUCCUGUCCGAAGGCAAAGUGGGCAAAGUCGUGCACCAUAACCUCUGUGACCUGGUGAAGUCCAGAAACAUCCGCUCAGUCACCAUCCUGCUGUGCCUGGUAUGGGCCUCCAUCGCAAUAGGAUAUCUUGCCUUGUCACUGAAUACUUCCAACCUUCAUGGGAACACAUUCCUGAACUGCUUCCUCUCUGCGGCCGUGGAGGUGCCAGCCUAUAUACUGGCCUGGUUCAUGUUCCGGUUUUGGUCCAGACGGCUCUGCCUCUUCUCCUCUCUCUUCCUUUGUGGAGGAGUACUGCUUAUCAUUCACCUCCUACCUCAAAAUCUGAGCUCUGUCAUUAUUGCCUUGGAAAUGAUGGGGAAAUUUGGGGUGACGGCAGCGUUCGCCAUCAUCUAUGCUUUCACAGCAGAACUGUAUCCCACCGUCCUAAGAAACACAGCCCUGGGCACCUGCUCCAUGGCCUCUCGACUGGGCAGCAUUUCUGCCCCGUACUUCAUCUACCUGGGGACCUAUUACAAGUCUCUUCCCCACAUCCUGAUGGGCGGUCUCAGUCUUCUGUCAGGGUUGCUUAGUCUGCUGCUGCCAGAGAGCCUUGGAAUGCCUCUGCCUGAGACCAUUGAUCAAAUGCAGACCGUCACAGGAUGUAAAAGGAGACAUCCAGCUCACACAGUCCCCAGAUCAGAGGCUGAGGAGGACCAUGUGACAGAAACCUUGUGUCAGGAGAUCUAG